UCUGCAAGUUGAUACAGUCCAGAUUUGUGCGCUGCGAUGGAGCUGCCCUCGUGAAUCCAAGGGCGACAACAACAGCAACACAGCAACAAAAUGAACAGUCAACAAACCCAGGUGUUCACGUUUUAACUGGGAAGUGAUUAGUCUGAGUGCUAUAAUUAUUUUAUGAUGAUCUCGUGAAGUUAUAGCAUGUGUCGCAAGUUUUGCGUUCUAUGAAGACGCGUAUGAAGAAUUCCAUCGUUAGAGGAGAAGGUUUAUUUUAAACUAAUUUACAGAGAAUCGCAAACGAAAUUUGAUCGAUACGAUAUAUUAUAUCAUGUGUUAUAGAUGGAGAGAAGGACGUUAUAUGAAAGUUUUGCUGCUUUUAAGGUUGAUUUGCUGGCUAUGUUUUUAAAAACCAUGUAUAGUGCAAGUAUUGGCAGCAUGGUUUACGCCGAAGAAAUUGCAUGUGUACUGCGGUUGAGCUAGAGGUCAAAAUUCAACUUGAAAUGGAAAUGAGGGCCACAGACCGGAGUGAAGAAACAAUAUCCAACGAAAUGGAGGAUGCGACGUCAGUUAUAGCUACUCUAAAACACAAACCAGUUAUUAUGUCUUAUGGCUUGUUGACAAAAGUGAAAUAUGAGCACAAAUCGAAGAAUUGUAAGAUUCAAAGUGUCACUUACAACUCCAAGACUUGUGAGUAUGUUAUCGUUGAUUCAAGAGGAAUAUCUGCGUGGAGUAACAGUUAUAAGCUUGACAAGACAUCAAGGCUAUUAGAAUUUCCAGCAUACCAAUUCAAUGUGAUCAAAAUAUUGCUUUACUGUCGACCUUUCAACCUUUAUUUUGCAUUGACAAGAGAAUACCAACUGAAGAUUUACAACCUAAAUUUUCAUGAAACAUUUUCAAUUGAAUCAGAUACAAAGGCUUUGAUCCAUAUGAUAUUUAAUGCAGACACAAAUGAACUAGUAACAGCCAGCAGAUCUGAAAUUCAAAUUUGGAAAUUUGGGGAACUGAACCGACAAAAUGACUCUACGAAGGCAAGUUAUGGCUUGAUACUGGAGAGAAAAUGGACUAUUGACAAAGGGAGGUUGAUUAACAGGAUAAAUUUGGAUAAUGAAUGCCAAAGAUUGUAUUGCUUAUCUGAAUCAGAUAUAUGGUGCUAUGAUUUGACAGGGAGGUUUGUGUUUUUCAUCAAAAAAGCAUGCUCCACUCACUUAUCAGCUUGUGCUUAUGCAAACACAGUUCAUUCAGUUAUUGCUGGAUCCAUUGAUGGUCAAAUAAGCAUUUUGACAAAUUCAGGUGGAAAGAUUCAUUCCUUCUUGUCACACUCAAGCCUUAUUACUGAGAUUAUGAUCCAUCCAUCUGACGGGCAUCUGGUCAUUACCUCAUCACUUGAUGGUUAUGUCAAGAUAUUCUCCUUAGAUUUACUUGAGGAGCUUUACUCCUUGAAAGUUUUUAGUGAAGGCAUUGAAUACAUGGCACUCAGAUCAGAAAAUCUUCUAUUUUGCGUAUCUACAAAGGAGAUUGAAAUUUUUGAUCUCAAUUACUUUUGCCAGUUCUGGGGGCAGUUGCAAUACCAAGCACAAACUAUUGAGUUAGUAAGAAAUUCAAAAAAGAGCAAUAGAUUGAUGGUAGUUGAUUCAGACAGCAGUAUGAAGUUGUUUUCAGUAAAACAUGGAAAAAAAUUGUGCACAGUAUUACCACCACCAACUGUGGGGCAGUCAAAUAACGUACUUGCCUGUGUUCAUGACCGUGAUUACAACCUUGUCUACUUCCUGGUUACUCCAUCAGAAAUAUGGGUCUACACAACAAAAACUGACCCAGCAUGUUUUUUAGCUCCAAUUGAUUUAUGGGAAGAGCCUCAACAUGAAAAGACUUCAAGAGAGCCAACGCUUACUCCUCAAGAGCCCAUGGGUACUCCUUACUCAGGACCAGAAGAUCAAAACUUUGCUGUCAAGAUCAACUGUAACUGCAUUGAAGUGCUACAAGACUUUUUUGAAACUGAAUUUUUUAAUGGUGAUGGAGUGCUGCAAACAAAAUGCAAUUUCUUAGGCUGUGGUAUGGAAAACGGAGAUAUAUUGCUAUGUAAUCCAUUAAUGGGUGGCCGCAAAGAAAAAACCAUUUCAUUGUUUAAAGAUCCUAUAAUUGGAUUAAGGUAUGUGAGGGAGCAGUGUUCCUGUUUGGUUAUGACAAAAGGGAGCGAAAGCCUAAUUCUAAAAAUGAUUAAUUCAAACUUGGAGACAUCUUUGUCUGUGUUCUGUGAAAAUGAUAUUUCCUGUUAUGCGCUAAAAGAAAAUUCAUUAGCAGUUGGAUUUCUAACAGGACAUAUUUUGGUCAACGAAUUGCCUGGCCAUGAUCAAAGAGCAUUUGUUAUGACAAAGUCGCUGUCAGUUGAUCAUUAUCAAGGAGUACUUUCUGUAAGUUUCCAUCCAGUUCUAAGCAUAGUGUGCAGCUCCGGUAAAGAUUCUUGUAUUAAAAUUUGGAGUCUUGACAAAAAUCUUCUUUGUGAGAUCAAUGUAAACAACUCUUUAACAAGUGCUUGCUUUCUCAAUAGCAGUGGGGAAAUUCUUAUGGGCUUUCAUGGUCACAUAUUCAUAAUUAGAAAUCAGAGACAACUAAGCUGGCUUUCUUGUAAAGAGGAUGAGAAUGAAGAUCAGAGCAACUCAGGAUCUGAGAUUUAUGAAAGCCCACACAUUAAAUAUGAGCUUAAAAGACCACCAAGCCCUGUUAGUGACAACAUGGAGAACUACCUUGUUCCCUACCAAGACACAAUGUUUUCAACUAUUGGCACCUGGGUUGUUGAUAAAGGUAGUGAUAUGUUUUCAUUCAGUGACAAUGAUAGCAUUCUACUAAAAGACCAACAAUCUGAUGAUGAAUCCCUAGCACCUACUGAAAUUUAUCAAAGUAGUGUUUAUUCAGCCAGUAGUCGAGGGACAGAAUUAUGGGGACUUCCAGCAUGUGGUGACAGUCCGGAAGAAAGUGUUACUGAAUCAGAUGAAGAUGUUCUACACCAAGAGACAUUUGAUGAUGAAAAGGAGGAAAGAAAAGAAGAAAGCAAGAAACCCACUGAAACUAAAUCAAGGCUGGAAGAAUUACUUGCAAAGACUGAGCAGAAAAAAGAUUCAGGUUCAUUAAAAGGAAGGAAGUUUGCACAUGGAUCCUCAGAGAAAUUAAAAAAUGCCAAAAUCGAUUCGAAAAAGUUGAAAAGUAAACAAAAGCAAAAGGGGCCUAGUUCUUUGAAGGAUAUAACAGUCACUGAUCAAUCAAAAAACGACUUACCAAAAGAAAACGAGUUAGCAUUAAAAAGUGGAAAGCGACAAAUUGUUAAGAAGGUUAAAAAGACAGCAGAAUCUCGUACAAGAGUUUCAGCAAAGAAAACUGUAAUUCAACAGGCUGCUGAUAAUGUCUCAUCAGCGGAGCUGAGCAAUACCUUAGAUUCCAAAAUGGCUCAACAAGAUAGAAACGAGCUUGUUGAUGGAGGAUACUCGAGUCCUGCGUUCGAUAACGAUACACAAGAGUCAGAAAAACAUGUUAAGCUGACAGAUGAAUAUGGAGUAUCGGUAGUGAAAAACCAGAUUAGGCUGGCAACCAGUGCAAAGAAAGUGGAUUCUGUUUACAAAAACAGCGCUGAGAAGACAUUGAAAAGUCCUGAUACUGUAGAUCAAGUUAACAAAGGUCUUAGAGGUAAUCAUACUCAAGAAAAUGUUGAUGAAAAGGUUGAUGUUCACGAAAGACCUGGAGUUUCAAGUGCCCAGUUUGAUUCACUGUGUUCAAGCCCAAUUUCUGUGUAUACGCAUGAAAACGUGGAAAGCCCACUUCAAACAGAGAAUACUUUUUCAAGUAGCCCGCUGAAAGUCGAAGAGAGUUUGGCAGACAGUCCAUUCCAAAUUGGCUUUAAAGACAGCCCAGCCUCUUUUGGUGACAAAUCUGUUGACCGUCUGUUACAAGCUGACAUUGAAAAUUCUUCUGCACCAGAGGAGGAAUCCAAGGGUGUCAAAACUCGAAAUAGAAAGUCAGUAUUUGGUAGCAACAUGCAAUACAUAUCUAAUAUAAGCAAAGAAUCUUCCAAUUUGUCAAGUGGGACAGGUCGUACGCAACUCAGAGGCAAAAAGCACAAAACUGAACCAAAAAGACCACCUAAAGAUUUUGUUAAAACUAGAGUGGUUCCAGCCUAUGAACCAAGAAGUUGGACCGAAAGUAAUGCAAAGAAAGCUCUAGCCGCACAUGUCCCACUUGAAAUGCGAAGCGAAAAAGUGACACUUCGGGAAAGUAGCGAACGAAACCAGAGGCCAGCUAUUGCAAGUGGUACAAGAAGAGCGAGAAGGAGGCAAGAAAAAGUGCCUGUACUGAAAAGAAGGAGUUCCCAGGCCGUCAGAGUCCCAGUUGGUGACUUUAUUGGAACCGAGAGGUUUCUUUCAUCUUCAUCCAUAGAACUGAGGAAUGAUUCUCCCAUGAUAAACGUCCAAGUGGAAGAAAAUGCUGAAGAACAGACAGCCGAUGUUUUGAAAUUUUGCGUCUCGGCUUUGAAGAAGAAAAACAGAAACAUCAGAAGAACUUCAACAUCUGCAAGAGCAAAUUCGGCGGGUGUAAAGUUUACUGACGCAGCCAUGGAUGGGGGUGCAGAUCAAGAGAUGAUGGCGAAAGAUACUCGACCAAAUACGGCUUUUUAUGAUCAAGAAAGUUACGUGAAUACUUUUAAAAACGCACAAGAGGACUUCGAUGAUGCACAAAUCGAAGCAGUGAAUCAUACGAAUAUGGUUAAUGAUCAGUUCUUUAACAAAUCCGUGGAUAGCCUGAGAUCUGAAGAGAUAACAACAGAGGACCACUUGGAAGACCAAGCAGUGAGCCAUGAUGGAGACGAAUUCAGUUUCAGAGUAACUAUAAGCCGUGGUAAUAAUCUUCGAAAAGAGGGGAACGACUGGAGAGAAGAAAGGGGAACACGUGGAUAUGAUGAAGAAUUUGCGUCUAAAAGCUUGAACAUGUUUGGAAAUCAAAUGAUUAAAAGGGGUUAUGAAAAGGGGGAUGGAGGGACAGGCGAUCAAGAGAGCAGAGGAUUUGAUCCGUUUCAGUAUGUCAGUGUUGGAAGGGAGAGAGCAAGUCACGCGUACCAUCAAGAGUCAUAUGAACCCAGGACAACAAGAACGCAACAUGACAUACCUAUCAGCAUUUACAAGAAAGUACGCUCAUCUUUAUUCAAAAGGAGUCAAGAAAACAUCCACGACACUGCAGGCACCGCCAUUAGAAAAAAAGUGGAUGAAUUCAUGUCUCGUGAAACAACGGAAUUAUUUAUGCUGAAUGAGAGAACUGUGUCAUUUUACGAUGAAGUCGAAACAGUGAAAGGCAGUCCUGCAGCUAUUCGUUCUAAGGAUUAUAAUAACUGGGUAUCCAAUGCUCCUAUUGCACCAGUGGCUUCUAAUAGAAGACUGAAACAGUCCUAUAGCAAUCCAAUAACCCAUGAUAGUGAUGCUUCCAAACAAGGCUUGAUAUUUGUAAGCCUGCCCACGACCAGCGAUGAGAGGAACUACGUUGCAGAUGACGAAGAAAAAGCUUUCUACAUUCUAAAUUCAGCCGAUCAGGGGCGAAAGACAGAAACACCAGCCAAAGCGCAGUCAAUACGAGUUGCUAGCCCGCAAGACAAGCUGUUAGAACGGAGAGCGUUUUCAGCACGUUUGAGAAGACGCCACGAGAGCGCGAAGUUUCGAAGAGAUGUGAUUGAGAGACAGAAGCGUGCAAGAGCUGGAAACAGGAGCGCCAGUCCAACUUAUAGUCGUGAUUACCCCGCAGAGUUUUUCGCAGACGACGAGAAAGAGGCCAGAAGCCCGUGUAUGUACGAAUACAGCAAGCCACUACCUUUGCCUGAUAAACCGAAAACGAAUCCAAACGGGAACAAACCGAAGGCUCUCAGAGCACGUCUCUCAGGGCAGUCAUUCCGCUAUGGCAAACCAGUUGCAAAUGACGAGAACGAAGCCGUUAUUGUCGACUUUAUUCGUUCGUCUUUAAGCAAAACAGGCGAUGGGGUAAACUUGCUACCAAGGCCGAAGUCUACACCGUCGAUUCCAGCAAAGUGUCAUAAGUACAUUCUCGUGACAGAGACAACAAAACAAGAACAGAAGCUAUCCAAACGCGAGGAAGAGCUGCUUCGAAAGAGAUUUAGUGAGUUUUCCUUAGAGGUGUCUUAAGGCUCUUUAGAUAUACAGUUAUUGGCAUAAAAUGCUUGAUAAAGUGUCCUUCCACCAAUAGUGUAGCAUUAAUGCUAAAAUCAAAUAACUUAUACAACUAGACGUCUAGGUAUGUUUUAUCACCAAAAACAGUAAUAUAUAAGAGGAGAGAGUGUUGAAUAGUUGAAUCAGAUCAGUUGUGAAUCUUCAAGUAAAUUUAAGAUGUAAGAUAUUUUGCGAGGGAUUUCCCAAAGCCUCAAAGUUAGCAAUUUAUGUUGAACAAAGGGGAUGUAUUGGAAUUGCUUCAGCUGGCACCUUCCUUUUAAAACAAGACCACCAGUUUAAAAUACGCCUUUUGUAGAGAAUCUUGAAAAUAAGCUCAAUGGGCUUAGUAUUCUUAAAGAAAUAGUGAGUGCUGGAUUUAGAAUACUGGCCUAUUUACUGAAUUGUUCACUCUCAUAGACAAAUAUUUAAUGCUUUCAAUAAUAAUCAGUGCUUGUAAAAUUUACCUCGCAAAGGAUACUGUCGUGACUUUUUUAAGCCUCGUUGAUUCUACUUUUUAUUGUUCCUCCAGACGAUAUCUAACACUAUCAGCCCGCCGUGAGCAAUGUUUGGAAAUCAAAACUAGAAAGCCCAUUAUGAAACAGAUAGACAUCUUCCUAAAACGUGUUUAAUUAUUUUAAUCUCCGUUUCCACUUCCCUGUGCUAUCUGUAAACUAUUUAAAGCGGAGAUAAUUCAUUUUAUAAACCAAGCUUUCUGGGAAAUAAUAAAAUGAUAAAAAAUUUGUUACAAAAAACAAUUAUUACAAAUGAAUUCUGCAUGAAAGAAAGCUAGUGAGAGGUUCAGUCUCUAUGGGCAUUCAAUUCUCCUAAAAUUUUGGUAAAAAUUUUUGAAUAUCACAAAUACAACACUAACUGGAUAAAAUUUUUAUCAAAGUGUUGUCGUAAUUAUUCAAUAUCUUUAAACUGUAUAUUUGCUGAAACAUUGCCAAACGCUGGAACAAUUUAUUCAAAGAGAUUCACUACCCCAUUUCACUGUCACCAUUCAAGCCCAUUUCACUAUCACCAUUCAAAGCUUAACCAUCCUCGUUUAGAGUUUUUUAAUCUUCGUUUUAUGUCAGGAAAUCAUUCAAUGCUUAGCAUUAGCCGUGUUUGAUUAGUUGCUUUAACAUAAAUUAUUCACAAAUAGUUUAAUAAAGUAUUUUCUGACAGUAUGGUUGUUUAAGUUGUAGAUAUUGAAGUUUCUGUUUUCAUGUUGUUUUUUACUGUUUUGCAACAAAAGUAUUAAUGGUUGUUUUGUAUGAAUUUUCUGCACUGCAAAAUCUAUCAGGCUUGUAAUUAAACAAAACAUGUAAAGCUUUAAAAUCUUUUUUAUGAUAACAAAUCUAAAACAUUGUCAUAAGGUGCUACCUUGUCUAGCAAAAUAUUUAGAUAUGAUUUCAUUAGCCAAAUACAUUCUUCAAGUGUUCUUGAGAACAUUGGAGGCAUUUCAAAGUGGAGAGGCACAGGUUUCUUACUUGUGUUCUUUUAUUAGUUGUACAUUUCAAGCAUUAUGUCUUUUUAAAAUAGCUUGCCUAAAAACUAGAUGGGUGUAUCACAGAUUAUUAGAAACCAUAGAGCUAUGCUAAGUUUUUCAAAUAAUUCACCGCUAGCAGGGCCAGUCAUUCACUAAAAAGAAAGUGUUUGUUCACCAUUGUCUACACAUAAAAUGAUGUGAUAUGUUUGCAUAGGUUUAGUAUCCACCUACUGUCAGAUGUGUAAAUUUUCACACUAUUUUUAGCUAUUCAAUGAUGAGUUAAUUUUUUAAAAAAUUCUAUAAUAGUUAUGCAAGCAAGUUUAGACACUAAAUUCAGAAACAGGAAAGCUUUCCAGCAGAAAAAUGAAUUUCCAUAUUAAAAUACAAAAUUCUAAUGAAGAAAUCCAAGUCUCACCUAGAAAUUAGAGCCAACAACAAUAUUUGCAUUGCCAUACAUACCCAUUUAAAUUAAAAAAUCGUAAUUUGCUUUGUUGAAAAACAAAAAUUUGCCAAAUUCCAGGUACUACUUUGCAAAAUCUUAAGCUACAAAUAUUAUUAGGGUAAUACUUCAAUAUUUAUCAAGAAGGGGUAACCUUCUAGAAAAUGCACUGCAAGAAGAUUUGCUACUUUAGAGUAAUGGAAAGUUCAACAGAAAAAUACAGGAAUAAGUAAUAUAUAUUGAAAAACAGCAACAAAAAUAAUUUGCUAAACUACUUACUUAGCAAGUAACUUUCAGUGUUAUUAAUGCCACAGAAGGUAAAUAGCUUUUGGUUCAUUUGUUCAAGUAUGAAUAACAAAAUGGUUUUUCUUUAUAGGACAAGCAUCAAUGCAAUUUACUUUGAUUUUUCAAGAUUGUGUGAUGCCAUCUGAUUUUGUUGACAUUAUGCCACGAAGGGCUUCAUAUAACAGCUACUAACUUUUUACUUUGUGUAUUGCCAUACUGAUCUUUUCUUGCUUUUUUAUAAGUAGGUUUCUGAAAAAAGGUAUAAAAUUAAUCUAAGAAAUAUCUACCAAUUACUGCAAGGAAGAGAGACCUAGAGGAAAGUGCAGGUUUAGACAGGAAAAUAUCUUGCUUAAGAUGGAAUACAUGACAUCUAAUUCAAGAAGCAAAACUGUUUAAAGAAAUCCUGGGUAACACUUAUUAUGAUAAUAAAAUUUAAUGAACAAAGCAACCAGAAUGACCAUCAAAGUUAACCAGGGCCCCUCAUAAACAUCAGUGUAGCAAAAUGAAUUCAUAACAGAAAUGUACUGAGCAAGUCUAGCUAAACCAUUAACACAGUUUAAUAUAAAAACUGCUUUCUUUAAUGAUAACAUUAAAAGCAGGCAAAAAUGUAAUGAAUAACUUACCCAGUUUCGCCUUCAAGAGUAACAAUUGGAUUUGGGUCAUCAUCAGGGUAUAUAGCUGAUGCCUCUUGUAUUAAGGACGCUAUAGGACCAGAACUAUUUUUGUUGGCAUUUCCUUUAACUGCAACAAAACAUAAAUGUUUAUCAAUGUCUUAAUCAAAAUUUAUUGGUAUGUUAUGUUAAAGACAAACAACAAAAAGACAAAAAAAACAAAACAAGUUUCAUCUCUAUUUGCAAGUUUCUCGGUUUGUUUUUUCAUGCAAAAUAGUGUUUGUGCUCGAGCUAUAACAAGAAGUCUAAUUAAAUUUAGGCAUGUGGGUCAAACUUGGAACAUUAACUGCCUGACUAUAGACUUUAUUCAUUAAAGUUCUUGGUAAGAAGAAAUACAUACUUAAAAAACUGAAAUUACCAACAUAAAAAAAUCCCCUUAACUGAACAACCAACUCCUAAAAACUUAUUUAUAUGCUGGAAAUUGCUUGAAUUUACAAUGAUAGGCCUGGAAAUCAAUGUUUAUAAUUAGACAAAACAAACAACCACAAAAAACAUUUAGUUGCAGGAAUCAACAACAGUCUGAAACAAUUUAGAAUAUGAGAUCAAGCUUCUUUUGCGCCAAUGAAGGUCAAGCUACUUCCAAAAUGUUUCAAACAAGCAGAAUUCGGGAGGCUGAAGGCAUCUUCCAAUAGCCCAAUGAGGCUGUUGUUCUUUCUAUUGUUCUUUGGCUCUUACAGCUGCUGUUCUUUGGCGCCUUAUUACAUCUUUCAACACAACAAAUAUGCUAAUUAUUAGAUGUCUAGUCCUCCCCUUUGUUUGCUAAUGGAUCUUAAUGGAACAAAUUGUUUAGUAAUUUUGAAAUGAUUAUCAUCAAGAUUCAUAAGAGAUUAUCCAAAUAUGUUGUCUUUCUCUGGCAUCAUUGAAUUUGUUUACAUUGAAGGUUCUUCACCAACCUGCAUGCUUAACGGAAGUUCUCUUGAGAAAUUGACUAUGUUUUGUAUUUUCAUGCAGUACAAUAUUAGGCUGGUCUUUUGAAUUAUAGUCCCAAAGCAUACCGGUUGGGAAAAAGCCUUUAAAUAAGAUUUCUUAACUUGGAUGUGACAGGGUAAUCACUAGACUGUAUGUUAGUCUGCAGAGUAUGAUGUUUAUGACCAGAUUCGAAGAUGUUGGGCUGAAGAUCUCCAGCAUUGAAUAUUCCUGCAAGCCCACAUAUUGGAGUAAGGCUGAGCCAAUUUUGAUUUCUUUGGCAUAAUUACACACUUCUUUAUCAACAAAUUUAAAGGUCUUGGCACAAAGCGCCUUUGUUUACUGGCAAACCUCCGAGACUGCAAAGUAUUUUUUGUGCACAUAGAAUGCUUGCCCAGGAGCAAACCAUGUUGGAAAAUAACAGACCAAAAUAACCCAUAGUCUUAAUUUAAAAAAAAGCAUGGAUUGGAUCAGAAUAAAUAAUCUCAGAGCCCAUACUUUGUCAUCUGGCAAACUACUAGCCUGGAUGAAACAUGGAAUCCCUGGCUUCUUGAAGAGAUCAUUUCAGUCCUGUUCAGGCACUGUGCAGCCAUUGAGCUAGCAGGGCCUAUAGCCCCUCCACUUUUUUGCGAUAAUACGCUAGAAAACUUUUUGGAAAGUUUUCUCUGACUAUGGUCUAACGCAACAUUGAAUAGUAUACUCCUAAGAAGUAGCAGUUUAAGAAGUGAGGUUUCAUUAUCCCCAAUUCAAUCUUAUCUAUUUUUAUAACUAUUGAUAUCUUCUCUGAACCAGAUUGUUUAUAAAACUCCAGUAGAAAUAAGCCAGUACUUUCUACAAGAGGCGUUUUCUGGCACUCUAGAGGGCCUGGCCUCAAAAAAUUUUGGUCACGCCCUUUUCAG